AUGAUUUUUGGAGAAGCAGGCACAUGGCUCCUCGAGGACCUCAAGUCAAGUGUCCUUAAACCCUAUAGACAUGCAGAGAUAAAGGCAAUACAAGGAGAAAAUGGAGAUCUGGACAAGAAGAUGGAGGAGAUUAGAAGGGCAGCAGGGUCUGGGAUAUCUGAGGAGCUCUCAGUGAACUACGUCAUGAUGAAGCAUUUCAAAGAGCGUAACGAAAGAAUAGUCAGGAGUUACAAGUUCCAUCGAAUCCUGGGUCUUUUCGACUGCUUUUUUGGCAGAAAGGAAACUUCUGGAAUACUUUCUCCUGAAGAGGAGGAAUGUGCAGAGGAAUACUACGCAACUCUCAAGGAGUAUCUUGAGCCUUUUGCUGACAUGGACUUUACCACGGAAACACCGCCCACACAGUUUUUUGUGCAGGUGAUCACGCUGGAGGACUGUGGAGUGGUGAUGGAUGAGGGAGACCUCAUAGAACUCAAGAAGGACAGAAUAUACUUUAUCAAGAAGAGUUCUAUUGCUCAUCUGAUCAGCGAUGGACUUGUACGAAUCAUUUAA